AUGGGCGCCAAUGCCUCUGCUCUUGAGAAAGAGAUUGGAUCUGAGCAGUUUCCGGUCAAUGAGCACUACUUUGGGUUGGUCAAUUUUGGAAAUACCUGCUACUGCAACUCGGUACUGCAGGCCCUUUACUUCUGCCGGCCUUUUCGGGAGAAGAUAUUGGCGUACCGCAGCCAGCCUCGACGGAAAGAGAAUCUGCUCACAUGCCUGGCUGACUUGUUCCACAGUAUUGCAAACCAAAAGAGGAAAGUGGGUGUUAUACCACCCAAGAAGUUUAUUACACGUUUACGCAAGGAAAAUGAACUCUUUGAUAACUACAUGCAGCAAGAUGCCCACGAGUUCCUAAACUACCUACUAAACACCAUUGCUGAUCUGCUGCAAGAAGAAAGAAAGCAAGAGAAGACCAAUGGCCGCCUUGCCAAUGGGACAUUGGAUUCUCAGAAUAAUAACAGCAAUGCUUCACCUGCUCCUACCUGGGUUCAUGAGAUCUUCCAAGGCACUCUAACUAAUGAGACGCGUUGCCUCACCUGUGAAACGAUAAGCAGCAAAGAUGAGGACUUUCUUGACCUUUCGGUUGAUGUUGAACAGAACACCUCCAUCACACACUGCCUCAGAGGCUUUAGCAACACAGAGACACUGUGCAGUGAGUACAAAUACUACUGUGAAGAAUGUAGAAGCAAGCAAGAGGCGCACAAGAGAAUGAGGGUAAAGAAGCUGCCCAUGAUCCUGGCUCUGCAUCUGAAGCGUUUUAAGUACAUGGAGCAACUACAACGAUACACAAAACUGUCUUAUCGAGUAGUCUUCCCGUUGGAGCUGCGACUCUUUAACACCUCUGGAGAUGCUACCAACCCUGAGCGGCUCUAUGACCUUGUGGCCGUAGUGGUUCACUGUGGAAGUGGGCCAAAUCGUGGUCACUACAUCGCAAUUGUAAAAAGUCAUGACUUCUGGUUGCUAUUUGAUGAUGACAUAGUGGAGAAAAUUGAUGCACAGGCAAUAGAAGAAUUCUACGGCUUAACAUCUGAAAUCUCCAAGAAUUCUGAGUCUGGAUACAUCCUGUUCUACCACCAGGUGCCCACUGAUGACUCAUACGUGCUCACUGGCGCCACGCACAGGUAA